ACACUCUUAUUCCCACGAAAUAAAAACGAAUUCACAUGGUAACAUGAUAAACACUUUAUAAUUUCAUCUAUUUCAGAGUACAUAUCUGUCCAACAUAGCCAACAUGAAAGUCACUCUGCCUACACCUACAGUAUGUUUGAAUGCAGCCUAGGCUGUAGUAAAACCUGCACCAGUGGGGUGACGAAGGAACAAUACCUGUUGGACCGACCUUUACAGUAAAAUGUAAUUUUAUGACGCGGUGAAAUUCCCUUUAUCCUUGACUAAUUAUUAUCCAGGAUUGUUCAAUACCCCGCCGUCUGUAGCCAACUGUGGCAUAGACCCUACUACGAUAUCUCCUGUCAGAUGAUUUCUUGUAAAUGCCCAUGCUUCCAAGAACAAGACUUCCGAAUUGGUUUAUCUAUAAGUAUUUCCUAAACCCGAUUGGAUACAAGUGAAACGCAUCUGUCCAAUCAGCUUGCAGUCAAUACUUCAUUCAUCUGAAAGAAGAGAUUAAACUGUUAUGCGAGUAAAGAUUUAUUCUAUUGCCUCUGAGACAUCGUCUUGGUGUUAGGGUUUAAUAGUCUUCAAUAAGCUAUUUGAAGGAUAUCACAAGGAUAUCUAAAGGACUUAUCAAUACAAAAAUAAAAGAUGUCAGUAAACACGGGCGGUCGGAGGCUGAAACAGUGGCUAGUUGAGCAGAUCCAGAGCGGCCACUACCCGGGGCUGCUCUGGGAGGACGACAGUCGCACUAUGUUCCGCAUCCCCUGGAAACAUGCUGGGAAGCAGGAUUACAACCAGGAGGUCGACGCCUCUAUCUUCAAGGCCUGGGCGGUGUUUAAGGGGAAGUUUAAGGAGGGGGAGAAGGCUGAGCCUGCUACAUGGAAGACCAGGCUGCGGUGUGCCCUCAAUAAGAGCCCCAACUUCGAGGAGGUGGGAGACAGGUCCCAGCUGGACAUCUCUGAGCCCUACAAGGUGUACCGCAUUGUCCCCGAGGAGGAGCAGAAGACAGGUAAAAGUGCAGCAGCUUUGACAUCUAGCCCUGGUGACAUUACUGACAUGGACUGCAGCUCUGCACACCUGGAGGAGCUCAUCAAAGAGGUGAAACAGUCUUCCAGUGAUGAGUACCUUGGCAUCGUCAAGAGGAGCCACUCUCCCCAGGAGGAUGGCUGUAGGAUGCAGCCCAGCCCAGAGUACUGGUCCCAGGGCAGUGCCAGUGUCUUCCCGGGGCAUCAAGAUCCCUCGCCGAUGGGUUCUUUCAAUAACGCCUUCUCCCAGAUGAUCAUUAACUUCUUCUAUGGUGGGAAGCUGAUGGACAGCGUGGUGACAUCUCAUGCUGAUGGCUGUCGUAUCUCUCCGGGUCAGCCUCCCUUGGUCCAGCACAGGUCCCCCUACUGUCUCCCAGACAGCCUGCAGAACGUCCGUUUCCCUCCUGCUGAGCUCAUCGAGGUUGAGCGCCAACGCCAUGUCACUCGCAAGCUCCUGGGCCACCUGGAGAGGGGUGUGCUGGUCCGUGCCAACCGCGAGGGCAUCUUCAUCAAGAGGCUGUGCCAGAGCCGUGUGUUCUGGAGCGGGCAGGGGGGAUUGGGCCCCCACUACAGCCCUGGGGGGCCCUGCAAACUGGAGAGAGAUGCUGUGGUCAAGAUUUUUGACACAGGAAGAUUCUUCGAAGCUCUCCAGCUGUACCAGGAGGGCCAGCUUCCCACCCCUGACCCCAUGGUGACCCUGUGUUUCGGGGAGGAGCUUCAUGACCUCAGCACAGCCAAGAGCAAACUUAUCCUCGUCCAGGUCACUCCAGUGAACUGCCAGCAGCUGUUGGAUGCAGUGAGCAUGCGUCGUUCCCAGUACAGCAGUCCUAACCUGGAGAUCCAGUCAGACGAGCUGCAUGCCGGGGAGCAGAUGGCCCGGAUCUACCAGGACCUGUGUAGCUACACCGCCCCCCAGAGGGCAGCCUGCUACAGGGACAACAUGCCCAUCACCGCCUGAACAGGGCACCUUCCUUCACUCCCCCUCAUUGAUAUAACAAGAAAGGACUGACAUGACAUAUGGUGAAAUGCGUCACUAACAUACACUUCAGCCUCUCACACCUUUUAGCCCUCGCUUACAGCAAUGCUUCUCAAUUCUUCAGAGCCAAUGAGCGAGGGCAUACUUUGAUGAAUGGAGAAAGAGAUGGGAUAGAGGAUCAGAACAAAGCCAACACUUGCAAGGUGUGAACUGAUAGGACCCAACGCUAUGCAGCUUGGGUGUUACAGAGACACUGUGUGUCAAGAAAGGGAAGUACUAUACAACCGUAUUACAAAUGGUGCUGUAAAGGUAUUUACUCAUCAAAUAUACCACCCCAGGAAGUAUACCACAUAUACCAAUCCAGAAAUAAAACACAGUACAAAUGUAAUUAAUAUAAUUCUGAAUAAAUAGGGGUUUUAACUAUUCUGUCUUGUAAACCUAAGGUUAUCACUAUUCAUUUUUAAACAAUGUGGUGAGUUUACUGGAGCAGUAAAUUUGAUUGAAUAAACCCUGAAGUAUUGAAUGUUAUAUAAGAAUUUGUGUCUAUCAAUUGACUAGCUUUUGUUUGUCAGAUUUCUCACCUGCUUUUAAUGUAUUUGUUUAUGAUGGAAAAUGUGAUUGAUAUUCAAUCCAAUAGUCCAUACUAGUCAUCAUGUCAAAGUGUAUAUACAUUUAUACAUGUUAAAUCAAGGGCCACUAUAGCAGGACAUUUAGCUACCAGUACACCAGAUUACUGAUUUUCUUUAUAUGUAUAACCUCCUUAAAACGGUAAUUUUUUUUCAAUUUGUACUGUAGAAUUUUUUUUCUUAUACCGUAUGAGAGAUUUUAACAGCAACAUGAUUGCUUGGAUUGUAUUUGAUAUAGAUAGGUUUUACUAUCCUAUUCUGCCCACUGUUUUACUCUCUCUGAAUUCAUUUGUCAAACUUUGAAAUGAAUAUCAAACUUUUCAGUGAAUCUGUUCAUUUGGCUUGUAUUUUAUUUAUGAGCUGUUAUACAACAAUAUCUAUGAAGUCACUUACUGAACAUAUCUUUGAUUGAGUCUUUGGUGAUGGCUUGAAAACCACAGCUAAAACUAUUCAGCACACAAUAAACCAGAAUAAAUGGUAAAAUG